UUCAAAUACUACGCUCCCUUCUGCUGGUUGCUGCUGCAUUGGGCCGCAGCCAGGGAGAAGUUUAAUGUGGGCAUCAUUUUCACAUCGGACAAGGAUGAGGCGGAAAUUGCAUUUCGCACGGCUGUGGAACGUGCAAAUAUUUUGGAGCGAAAUAUAGAACUUGUCCCCGUUGUGCUCUAUGCCAAUACUGAGGACAGUUUUAUAAUGGAGAAAACGGUUUGUGAACUGAUUUCGCAGGGUUGCAUUGCUAUUUUUGGACCCAGCACGGGCAGCAGCUCAGACAUAGUGGCCUCCAUUUGCCAUACGUUGGAUAUACCCCAUAUUGUUUACGAUUGGCUGCCGGAUAAUCGACAAUACGAACACACAUCGAUGACCCUCAACAUGCAUCCGGAUAAUCUGCUGCUGGCACGUGGAUUUGCCGAAAUCGUACAGAGCUUCGGCUGGCGCAGCUUUACAAUUGUCUAUGAAUCAGAGAGAGAGCUUCAACAACUACAGGAUAUACUACAAAUAGGUGAUCCGAGCAGCAAUCCGACAACAGUCAGACAACUGAGUCCAGACGACGAUCAUAGACCCUUCUUAAAGGAAAUUAAACUGUCCACGGAUAAUUGUCUCAUUCUACACUGCUCACCGGAGAAUCUCCUAAAAGUUCUAGAACAGGCUCACGAGCUGAAAAUGCUAGGUGAAUAUCAGAGUGUAUUCAUACCGCUCUUGGAUACACACACCUUGGAGCUGGGUGACAUUAUGAAUGUGGAGGCGAAUAUAACAACAGUUCGCCUGAUGGAUCCCACGGACUAUCACAUUAGGAACAUUGUGCACGACUGGGAGGAGCAUGAGAAGCGCGAAGAGCGAUACUAUAAAGUGUUGCCCACGCAGGUGAAGACGCAAAUGAUACUGCUGAACGAUGCGGUGUGGCUCUUCUCCAAGGGACUCACUGAGCUGCAAAUUUUGGACGAGCUCUCGGCGCCCGAAAUCGAAUGUAAACGCAAAAAGCCCUGGCAACAUGGCCGGCGUAUCAUAGAGUUCAUGAAGGCGCGCUCUGAGGAGAUUGGCACGGGUCGCGUGGACUUCAAUGAGUACGGACAGCGCAGUUUCUUUACGCUGCGCUUCAUGGAGAUCGAUGCCGGUGGCUUCCUGGAUCUGGCCACCUGGGAUCCGGUCAAUGGCCUGGACAGACUCAACGAUGACGAGGAAAGUGAAAAGCGCGUGGGCCAAAAGUUGUCGAACAAAACAUUUAUCGUCUCCUCGCGCAUCGGAGCACCUUUCCUGACGCUGCGCGAGCCCGAAGAAGGCCAAAUAUUGCAGGGCAAUGCGCGUUACGAGGGCUACUCCAUAGAUCUGAUCGAUAACAUUGCACGCAUGCUGAACUUCAAGUACGAAUUCCGCAUGUCUCCAGAUGGUAAAUACGGCAGCUAUAACAAAGUCACCCAGACAUGGGAUGGCAUCGUGAGGCAGCUGCUCGAUGGGAACGCAGAUCUGGGCAUUUGUGAUCUGACCAUGACCUCGAGCCGGCGUCAGGCAGUGGACUUUACGCCGCCUUUCAUGAAUCUGGGCAUUAGUAUUUUGUUCUCGAAACCACCAAUACCACCGACGGAUCUGUUUUCAUUUCUGUCGCCCUUCUCGCUGGACGUUUGGAUCUAUAUGGGCUCUGCUUAUCUGUUUAUAUCGCUAUUGCUCUUUGCCUUGGCUCGCAUGGCGCCCGAUGACUGGGAGAAUCCGCAUCCUUGCAAGGAACCGGAGGAGGUGGAGAACAUUUGGUUUCUGAGCAACACAAUGUGGCUAUCCAUUGGCUCUCUUAUGGGUCAAGGCUGUGACAUAUUGCCCAAAGCCGCCUCCACACGUCUGGUGACUGGCAUGUGGUGGUUCUUUGCCCUGAUGAUGUUGAACUCCUACACGGCCAACUUGGCUGCUUUUCUGACCAACUCGCGUCAAGCUAGCUCCAUCAACAGUGCCGAAGAUCUCGCGGCCCAGACAAAGAUCAAAUAUGGCGCUCUACAAGGCGGCUCCACAAUGGGCUUCUUUAGGGACUCGAACUUCAGCAUAUAUCAGAAAAUGUGGACAGCCAUGGAGAGUGCACAGCCUUCAGUAUUUACAAAAACCAAUGACGAAGGCGUGGAACGAGUGCAAGUAAGUGUCAGAGUGCUGCGAUAAAAAUACGACGAACUAAUCUACUUACUAUUAUUAUUGACUAACUGACUAGUUUACAAUGUGGAGCGCAAAUGCGAUCUAAUGCAAAUUGGGGGCUGGUUGGAUUACAAGAGUUAUGGUAUCGCAAUGCCCUUUAAUUCACCCUAUCGCAAACAGAUCAGCGGCGCCGUCUUGAAGCUGGGUGAGCUGGGCGUGCUCGCUGAGCUGAAGCGCAAGUGGUGGAAGGAGAUGCAUGGCGGCGGCAGCUGCGAGGGCGAUGACGAGGGCAACGCUGAUACUCCGGAGCUGGGCCUGGAGAAUGUCGGCGGCGUGUUUCUGGUCUUGGGACUGGGCCUGAUGUCCGCCAUGGUGUUGGGCUGCACAGAGUUUUUCUGGAACGUGAAAUCGGUGGCCAUCGAGGAAAAGAUUUCGCUGAAGGAGGCUCUCACGGCGGAGGUGAUGUUUGCCUUGCGAAUUUGGAUCACCACAAAGCCGGUGCACACAAGUGUCGGCUCGAGUUCUUCCUCUUCGUCUUCCAGUUCUUCGUCCAAGUCAAAAGCUUCGAAAUCGCAUUCGACACGCUCGAAGCACUCAUCCAAAUCCUUGGGCAUAUCCAGCAAAGAUCACGAUGUGGAUUCCUCUGUGCACAGCAAGCUCAAGAAGAUUGGAUCCAUGUUCUCGCUCAAGUCUCAGAAGGCCAAUUCGCCGCCGCUUGAGAUUGGUUGGAAGUUGGAUAAAUCUACUCAAAUGAGUGUUGCAUCGACGCCACGUGAGGAGGUGGAGGAGGAGCCUGUGGUGGAAGAGGAGCGUCGAGCUGAGCGACAACAUCAUCAUCAUCAUCACCACCAUCAUCAUCAUCAUCGCCAACAUCAGCAACCGGAUCAGUCGAUGGAUCAGCGAGCUAGCAAAUUGAGCAAUGGAGUUUAAGGAUUUUUUCUCAGUUUCUUUUAUUCAAAGAGUUCUUAAGCCAUUUAUCCGUUUUAUA